AGAAUAAUAAUUUUCUUCCCAAACAAAAUCUUAAAACAAACAGUACAGAGGGGAAGUUUAAUCAAAAAUAAUUCAACACACAGAGGAGUGAAGACCAAACGGUAAGAUGUCUGAUGAGUUGUGAUGUUUCAUCCUGCAGGACAUGUACCUGAAUGCUGGCGGUGUGACUGUGUCUUAUUUCGAGUGGCUGAAGAACCUCAACUAUGUCAGCUAUGGAAGACUGACCUUCAAAUAUGAGAGAGACUCAAACUACCACCUGCUCAUGUCUGUUCAGGAAAGUUUAGAGAGGAAGUUUGGCAAGCAGGGAGGGCCCAUCCCAGUCGUACCUACCGCUGACUUCCAGGCCAGAGUUGCUGGUGCCUCUGAGAAGGAUAUUGUUCACUCUGGGUUGGCCUACACCAUGGAGAGAUCUGCCCGGGGUGCCUCUGAGAAGGAUAUUGUUCACUCUGGGUUGGCCUACACCAUGGAGAGAUCUGCCCGGGACAUCAACGCCCAUGCCUGUGUGACAGGAAAGCCCAUCAGCCAGGGAGGAAUCCACGGACGUAUCUCAGCCACCGGUCGUGGAGUUUUCCACGGCAUCGAGAACUUCAUCAACGAGGCGUCCUACAUGAGCAUGCUGGGCCUGACACCCGGCUUCCAGGACAAGACCUUCGUCAUCCAGGGCUUUGGUAAUGUGGGUCUUCACUCCAUGAGGUACCUGCACAGGUUUGGGGCCAAGUGUGUGGGCAUUGGUGAGAUUGAUGGAGCCAUCUACAACUCAGAGGGCAUCGACCCCAAACAGCUGGAGGACUACAAACUGGACAUGUACCUGAAUGCUGGCGGUGUGACUGUGUCUUAUUUCGAGUGGCUGAAGAACCUCAACCAUGUCAGCUAUGGAAGACUGACCUUCAAAUAUGAGAGAGACUCAAACUACCACCUGCUCAUGUCUGUGCAGGAAAGUUUAGAGAGGAAGUUUGGCAAGCAGAGAGGGCCCAUCCCAGUCGUACCCACUGCUGACUUCCAGGCCAGAGUUGCUGGUGCCUCUGAGAAGGAUAUUGUUCACUCUGGGUUGGCCUACACCAUGGAGAGAUCUGCCCGGGACAUCAACGCCCAUGCCUGUGUGACAGGAAAGCCCAUCAGCCAGGGAGGAAUCCACGGACGUAUCUCAGCCACCGGUCGUGGAGUUUUCCACGGCAUCGAGAACUUCAUCAACGAGGCGUCCUACAUGAGCAUUCUGGGCCUGACACCCGGCUUCCAGGACAAGACCUUCGUCAUCCAGGGCUUUGGUAAUGUGGGUCUUCACUCCAUGAGGUACCUGCACAGGUUUGGGGCCAAGUGUGUGGGCAUUGGUGAGAUUGAUGGAGCCAUCUACAACUCAGAGGGCAUCGACCCCAAACAGCUGGAGGACUACAAACUGGACAUGUACCUGAAUGCUGGCGGUGUGACUGUGUCUUAUUUCGAGUGGCUGAAGAACCUCAACCAUGUCAGCUAUGGAAGACUGACCUUCAAAUACGAGAGAGACUCAAACUACCACCUGCUCAUGUCUGUGCAGGAAAGUUUAGAGAGGAAGUUUGGCAAGCAGGGAGGACCCAUCCCAGUCGUACCCACUGCUGACUUCCAGGCCAGAGUUGCUGGUGCCUCUGAGAAGGAUAUUGUUCACUCUGGGUUGGCCUACACCAUGGAGAGAUCUGCCCGGGACAUCAACGCCCAUGCCUGUGUGACAGGAAAGCCCAUCAGCCAGGGAGGAAUCCACGGACGUAUCUCAGCCACCGGUCGUGGAGUUUUCCACGGCAUCGAGAACUUCAUCAACGAGGCGUCCUACAUGAGCAUGCUGGGCCUGACACCCGGCUUCCAGGACAAGACCUUCGUCAUCCAGGGCUUUGGUAAUGUGGGUCUUCACUCCAUGAGGUACCUGCACAGGUUUGGGGCCGAGUGUGUGGGCAUUGGUGAGAUUGAUGGAGCCAUCUACAACUCAGAGGGCAUCGACCCCAAACAGCUGGAGGACUACAAACUGGUUCUCCCUUCCCCUCACUUCUGCCUCUUUUCUUUUAUCUUUUUAUUAGGGCUGUCAAUCGGUUACAAUAUUUAAUUGCGAUAAAUCGCA